AUGAGUGACGCUGUUACCAUCAGAACCAGAAAGGUUAUCUCCAACCCUUUGUUGGCCAGAAGACAAUUCGUCAUUGAUGUCUUGCACCCAAACAGAGCUAACGUCUCCAAGGAUGAAUUGAGAGAAAAGUUGGCUGCUACCUACAAGGCUGACAAGGAUGCUGUCUCCGUCUUUGGUUUCAGAACUCAAUACGGUGGUGGUAAGUCUACCGGUUACGGUUUGAUCUACCAAUCUGCUGCUGAUGCUUUGAGAUUUGAACCAAACUACAGAUCUGUCAGAUACGGUUUGGCUACCAAGGUUGAAAAGGCUUCCAGACAACAAAGAAAGCAAAAGAAGAACAGAGAAAAGAAGAUUUUCGGUACUGCUAAGAAGGCUGCUAAGAAGGCCGCUAAGAGACAACAAGAUUAA